AUGUCAGCUUACCGCUAUUUUCGCAUUGCUAGCCUUCAGUUGCGAAAAGUCAGAGACCAUCCAUCGCACCAUGUCACGAGGCUACGACAUUCCAGACAUCUGGACGGGUACACGCCAUUGCACACGGCCUUUAUUCCUGCUACAUCACCGAAGCUCGCAGUCAAAGACAACCACAAGCCGUUGUUUACGGAGUGUUUAAACUACAGACCGACACUAAAAGAGGAACAGCCUCCCGGGACCUAUGUGUUUACGGUCCACGCAGACGAUCGCGACCCCCCCGAAAUGGGUGGCACAGUUACUUACAAAUUUGUCUCGACGCCCGGCGAGAAAGAAAGAUUUCAUGUCGACCCCGAAACCGGACGAAUCACCACUGCAGACAUAUUCGAUCACGACGAGCCGUCGCGUGAGAAAGAAGCCUACAUAACCGUCCGUGCCAGCGACAAUGGACAACCUCAGCUCGAUGACGCUUGUACCAUUAAAAUCCUCAUCGAAGACAUCAAUGAUAAUCAGCCGGUCUUCGACAAAGUCUCGUACUCCGAAUCGGUACCGCAAGAUUUGCCAAGUGGGCGGGAGGUCAUGAGGAUAUCAGCUACGGACAUAGACGAUGGAAACAACUCCAUCGUUCAUUACAGCUUGGAUUCUAAUUCGCCGGAUCAAGCCUAUUUCUACAUAGAUCCGGACAACGGGGUCAUAUUUUUAAAUAAAAGUAUCGAUAAACCACCCGGCUACAAAUUUAAAUUGAGCGCGAUAGUAAAAGACCAAGGGGAUCCACCUCAACAAAGUUCGAUUACUUUGGACAUUCAAGUCGUGGAAUCUAACAAGAAGAGCCCGUCUUUCAUAGAAGUUCCAGAUGAGCCGAUAAGAUUAAAAGAAAAUUACGCAGACUUUAAUACCCCUAUAGCUACGGUUAGGGCCGUAUCUAAUAUCCCAGAAGAAAAGAAACUCCAAUUUGAGCUUGUAAUGGGUCAGACGGAACAAACGAACAAGUGGCACACUUUCGUGUUAGAACCUGAGGCCGAUUCGGCUUAUAUUAAGCUUGGAAAUCAUUUGGACUACGAAAAAAUUACGGAUUAUACGUUAACUGUUAGAAUACAGAACAAUUACAAAUUAGCGGCAGAAACAAUUAUACAGAUUGAAGUGGAGGAUGUAAAUGACAAUAUCCCUAUCUUCAGCGAAAUUCGUUCUGGUAGCGUCCUUGAGAACGAACCACCUGGUACACCAGUGAUGCAAGUCAGAGCGUUCGACGCUGACGGUACUGCGGCCAACAACCAGAUCACGUACGAGCUAGGCGACCCGUCCGACCCGUUCGCGAUAGACAGCAUCACGGGAAACAUAACUACCCUCAAAAUGUUCGAUAGAGAGGAGCGGAGUUUUUACAACAUAAAAAUAAUCGCCACAGAUAAUUCGGAAUCAGCUCUCAUCCCCGGUAAACAUAACGCCGGACAGCAAGUGUUCCUUAUAGAGAUAGCUGAUAAGAACGAUAAUCCGCCGCACUUCACCCAGGACACGUAUGUGGCGGAGUCUAUCGCUGAGAAUGCCAACAUUAAUGAACUCGUCACUCAAGUUACCGCCCUGGAUAUAGAUACGGCUUCCGUCGUAACGUACAGUAUAGUAUCUGGCAACACAUACGACGCGUUUGUCAUACGAAAUUUCACCGGUGAAAUUCGUGUUAACAACGAACUCGACUACGAGAAUAUAACCAGCUAUAGCCUGGAUGUGAGGGCGUUUGAUGGCCUUUACGAAGAUUACGCAAAGGUCUUGAUCAAAAUAGAAAACUUGAACGACAACCCGCCGGUUUUUCUCGCUAAUUACACGAAAACGAUUGAAGAAGAGAAGUUGUAUGAAGGAUGUAUUGUAAAGGUCGAAGCGUACGACCCAGAUCUUGACAGAAACGAACCACAAAAUAUAGUUUACUCUCUAGUAAAACAUGAGCAAAAGGAGUUCCUUCAAAUCGACAACGAUGGCUGCCUUCGACUGACGAAACCGUUGGACAGGGACCAGCCGUCAGGUUUCACGAGGUGGCAGAUCCUCAUCAUGGCUGCUGAUCAUGGGGGCCGAUUGGGCUCUGACAGCUUGCGGUCGACCACUGAAGUUAUAUUGGAGCUUACUGAUAUCAAUGAUAACGCUCCUUUUCUCACUAAUACCCAACCAGUGAUAUGGUACGAGAACGAGCCUCCGGGACAAGUGGUGAUCCUCACAGCAAAGGAUUAUGACUCAGCUGAAAAUGGACCACCCUUUACCUUCUCGCUUAAUGAAUCAGCCAGCUUCGAUAUUCGCUCCAAGUUUCAUAUACAAGGCAACAUUCUUUCAACUCUGGUUUCAUUCGACCGCGAGCAGCGUAAAGAGUACAAAAUUCCAGUAGCCAUAACGGAUUCCGGGACACCAAGACUCACUGGGGUGUCCAUCCUGCACGUCGUUAUUGGUGAUAGAAAUGAUAACCCUAUGUCGUCAGGAGAAAGCAGCAUUUUCGUUUACAACUACAAGGGCGAGGCACCGGAUACGGAAAUCGGACGGGUGUUCGUGAACGACCCGGAUGACUGGGAUCUUCCGGAUAAACGGUUCAUGUGGCUGCCGUCGUACGAGCAGAGGAGUCCGUACUUCGACGUGCAUAGCAAUACAGGCAUGAUUACCAUGAAGGAGGGAACGCCGAACGGAACGUAUCUUCUACAUUUUAAUGUCACUGAGGAAAACGAACCGUUAGUACCUUUCCACUGGGUUGAAGCCACUGUCAACGUGACUAUUAAGGAGAUACCAGAGGAAGCUGUUGAUAAAUCUGGUUCCAUCCGUUUCGUCAACAUAACCGCUGAAGAGUUCAUCAUACCAGAAGCAGAUGGUACCAGUAAGAAAGAUAAGUUGCAUCGUCGUCUCGCCCAGCUAUACAACAAGUCUAUGGACAACGUGGACGUUUUCACCGUUUUCGGGAAAAUGACUGUCAAGGAUGAAUUCUUGGACGUACGGUUCUCCGCGCAUGGCUCACCCUACUUCGAGCCUGAGAAGCUGGACAGCAUGGUCAUAGGGAUACAGGAAAAGCUAGAAGAAGAGCUGCAAGCUAGAAUCUACAUGGUCAAGAUCGACGAAUGUCUCAUUGAGAAGGAACAAUGUGAGGACGCCUGCCGAAACGUCCUGACCAAGAAUAAUGUGCCUCUGUCCGUUUAUACGAAUACUACGAGUUUUGUGGGCGUGUCAGCCAGGGUAGAGUCUGAAUGCACUUGCGAUGUUGAAGAACCGCUCGUUUGCUUGAACGGAGGUACCCCAUUCGCGGACAAGUGCGAAUGCCCCGAAGGCUGGAACGGUCCCCAUUGCGAACAGACAUCAAUCGCUUUCCACGGUAACGGCUGGGCGAUGUACCCGUCUCCCCCGGCGUGCCACGAGGGGCACGUCACCCUGACUGUGACGUCACACUCCAGCAACAGCCUGGUCUUCUAUCUGGGGCCUCUGAGAUAUAACCCUCUACUUGAUGUACAAGACUUCAUGUCCCUAGAACUGGUGGACGGUUAUCCAAUCCUCCUGGUGGACUACGGCUCUGGCACCACGAAGCUGAACAACAGCGUGGUGCACGUCGCCGAUGGGAAACCUCAUCUCAUAGAAAUUGUUCUCAUGAAGAGCUCCAUAGAAAUGUUCGUGGACAGAUGCAAAUUGUCCACUUGUAUGAGCUUGGCGGCGCCUAUAGCCCCGAGGCAAAUCCUAAAUGUAAACGGACCACUGCAGCUGGGUGGCGCCAGUAUCGACUUGCAGGAACUAGCCCGCUCCUUCGGUUGGCAGCACGUGCCCACGAACCAGCAUUUUAUGGGCUGCAUCAGUAACUUUACGUACAACGAUUAUAUGUACAACUUGGGCAGGCCAUCAGUGGAAGUGAAUGCAGACCCUGGGUGUCAAAAGAGUGUGUUCACGGCCGUCACCUUUGGAAUCGACACUAAUUUCCUCGUCGCUAUACUUGUGUGCAUCGCUAUAUUAGUCAUUCUCUUGCUAGCGGUGGUAGUGCACAGACGUCGAGCGGACGCUUGGGCUGAGAAAGAGCUUGAUGACAUUAGAGAGAACAUCAUCGCAUAUGAAGAUGAAGGUGGCGGUGAGGGAGAUGCUGGUUACGACCUUCACGUGCUGCGGCAGAUGUAUGAUGGACCACCUCCGGAGACAGAUGUCGCGUUCCUGCAAGCGCCUGGUAUGGUCGGCGCAGCGCCAGAUAUAUCUGGAUUCCUCGACGACAAGAAAUCCGUCCUAGACCGCGAUCCUGAGAUCACUCCGUACGACGACGUGCGGCAUUACGCGUACGAGGGAGACGGCAAUACUAGCGGCUCUCUCUCAUCAUUGGCUAGCUGUACCGAUGAUGAAGACCUAAAAUUCAACUACCUAUCCACCUUCGGACCUCGGUUCCGCAAACUAGCAGACAUGUACGGCGACUCAAACGACGACAGGGCACCCCAUGAGGAAUCUUGGUGCUAG